CCCGAGCCAAUCCCAUUCCCCUCGAACAAACCCAUACUUAUCAUUGCAAUUCACCAACUCUCCAAUACACUACAGCUUACGUUUCAUUCUACAACACUACAUCUCAUCCUCCACACCACCACUACUACUACUACAAUGGACAAAGCGAAGGCAGCCAUCACUGACUUUAUGGGCAAGGCGGGCCACCAUGAUACUACUGUCCACGAGACUGUCGCUCCUGCUGUCCAACAUGAAGUCGUCAAGCCUCAUGAACAUGAAGAGAUCUUGACUGCGGUCGACAAGGAGGUACACCAAGAUCACUAUCACCGCACUGUUCAGCCAGUCAAGGACCGUGAAGUGCUCCCGGAGCAGCACGAAGCCAGACUUGGAGGCGUGCAACACCGCGAAUUCGACCACCGCGACAUGGAAGCCACCAAGCGAAACUUGGCAACUGAGCAGGCUGGCUUCAAGGAUGAACGUGUCAUUGAGGAAACCACCAAAACGCAGACAGCGGCACCUACGAUUGGCGGCGAGCAUGUUCACCACCACAUUCACGAAACUAUUCAGCCUGUGGUCAACAAGGAGACUAUUCAGCCUCAUGUAACCCACACUACUGUUCCAAUUCAUGAAGUCCACCACAACGCUGCAACACACCAUAGCUCGACCGCGCUCCCAGCCAUGACCAUGGAGGAGUUCAAGAAGAAGGGUGGCGCGCUCACUGGCCGUGAAGAACGAUACGAUGCCUUUGAGGGUGAGCCCAAGAACAUUGGUGGAACUCUCGGUGAUAUGAUGCAUGGCAAGACUAGCAAACGUGAUUCUGCACACGCAGGUAUGAUGCACAAGGAGAGCAUGCAUGGUGACUUUGAUCCUAUUGAUGGCAAGGCCAACAAGGGGUAUGUUGGAGGAGCCACUGCUGCGGUCGGGGCUGGGUCAGCUGGAGCUGGCAACCGGGUUCACGAGUCUGGCACUAGGAGCAGUAGCAACAGCAGCGCUGAUGUCGAGACAUCUCGAACUCACUCCAAGCAAGAGCCUGGUCUGUUGAGCAAGCUCAACCCCCUUAAGGACGCUGAUGGUGAUGGAAAAAAGGGAAUAAUGAACUAAUUUGGCUAUGUAUGUCACCAUAAUAUUUGGAUUUGGGUAGUUUACGAGGUUACGAUUUUUUCGGCGCAGCGCCGCGAGUUCCCAUAGUAUAAUACAAUCAUCUGUUGUUUAGUUUGAUUCGUUCAGGCAAUGGUCCCAUGGUAUCUUUGCAGUCAGGGUAUGUAGACAACAAUUGCAUUCCGAUAUUUUGCAAAUGGACAACGAAGAACCAUGCAUUGAUUAUAAGUCUCUAACAGCAAUGGGAAGCCAGUCCACAAUCUCUUUAUCCGUGGUCUAUCGUCAUCAACUUUUGAAAUUGCAGAACUGCCCAGGAUAGGUAAGUACAAGUAAGCCUUGAGCGAAGUGAAAUCACCUCUUGCCAUGAAUUGCAAUCCGUCCAAUCC